UUUUGCCCUCGCUCCGCCGGGGCGAACAGGAAAAACGCCGGCGCAACUGUGCACCAGCUGUCCUUCGGGCUCGAUCCCUUGCCGAUGGCAAGACACGAAUGCAGAGGACGAGGAGGCGGAUGAGGGCGCCUGCCCCAAGGGUUAAGUUGGGCCUGUCCCCCUACAGGGGGAUUUUCGACGAAAAAUAAAAGGCACACCCAAAAAUAUUCAAAACGGGUUAGCCAAUGGAGAAUACUGUGGCGAGCGUCUGGUGCUCGCGAGCCUGAAAGCGAUAUGGCGGCAGGUGCAAACCUGUCCUGCUAUCCUACUGUGUCUCCAGUCAGGUCACCGUGGACAUUCGGGGAGCAUGAGACAGAGGUAGCUCGCACCACACCCGCUGAUAGGCAGGCGCCACUUUGCAACAUGCUCUUCUGGAACUCUGACAUUCCAUUCGCCAGUGGCGACGACAGGCAAGCAAACGCCAUGCAACCUGCCCAACUACGCAGCUCAACUGCACGCCGCACGCAGGUGCAGAUCGACUGCACGCCGCGAGAAGGAUCACUCAACUGCACAUCUACAACGCCUCGUGUGUGAAUGUGCCACGUACAACUUGAAGGCCGCAUGCUUUCAUACGUCAAACAAAUCCGCAGUCCGCCAGGAGGUGCCGUCUACUUGACGGACCGAAAUCUUGAUAGGCACAUUCCACUGCCACUUUCUGUAGGCGGCGAAGGUGUCCGACACGUCCCGCUCGUCGUCCACGGGGGCCGUCGGCGAAUUAGGCGUCAACGUGGCAUGCUUCACCGCAUGCACCUUGAAUUUCGCCCAAGGAAAAAUGCACCGCAUACUUGCCUACGCAAGGAUGCUCCUCGAUGGUCCUCGCCCAUGGAACAUGCACACGUCCGAGCGAUGCCAAGCCCCAGACGGGCCUCGUGCCCUCGGCCGCCCCUCCGUGGGCCGAGACGGGGCCUCGGGGGGCCCAGCGGGGGCCCGCGGCCGGCAGCGAGCGGGAGGGGGGGGGGGGGAGAGGAGGAGGCGAGGAGGCGAGGAGGAGGAAAAACAGCUACGGGCGAAC